UCUAAAGAGCUUAAAAUUAUUGAUUAAUGGUGCUUGGUGGUACAUGUUCAGCUUUCAUCUUCUUGGUCAUCUUCAGGGGAGGCAUCUUGGUACUGCUGAUACUCUGCAACAAGAUCGUUCAUGUUGCUCUCUGCUUCGGUGAACUCCAUCUCAUCCAUUCCUUCUCCAGUGUAGCAGUGCAAGAAGGCCUUUCUUCUGAACAUGACAGGAAACUGCUCGCUCACUCUCCUGAACAUCUCUUGUAUGGAAGUUGAAUUGCCAACAAAAGUGGAAGCCAUGGGAAGGCCUUUGGGCGCAAUAUCACAGGCGCUCGAUUUGACAUUGUUGGGGAUCCACUCCACAAAAUAUAAGGAGUUUUUGUUCUACACAUUCAAUAUCUGUUCAUCCACUUUCUUUGUGUUCAUUUUCCCUCUGAAUACUGCUGAUGCUGUUAAGUAACGGCUAUGACGUGGAUGGGGAUCCACUCCACAAAAUAUGAGGACUUUCUGUUCUGCACAUUCAGUAUCUGUUCAUCCACUUCCUUUGUGUUCAUUUUUCUUCUGAAUACUGCUGACGCUGUUAAGUAACGGCUAUGGCAUGGAUCAGCUGCACACAUCAUGUUCUUGGCAUCCCACAUCUGUUGUGUGAGUUCUGGGACAGAAAGCACGCGGUAGUUCUGUGACCCUCGAGAUGUGAGGGGAGCAAAACCCACCAUAAAGAAAUGAAGGCGUGGAAAUGGGAUCAAGUUGACAGCUAGCUUCCUGAGGUCUGAGUUGAGCUGACCUGGGAAUCUUAAGCAGCAAGUAACUCCACUCAUUGUUGGAGAUCUGAAUCAUUUCCUAGGUCAGCGAAUGAGAUUUGCAGCAGAGGAAGAGGAGGAGAGAAUGGCAGGA